AAAACGCAUGGUACUGCAGUGCCAUGCGUUCUGUCAGUCAGGAAUGCGUGCGUUUACUAAAUGUGUUGGGGUGCUGUUAAGAUCCAUUCAGUCUUGCACAGGUGUACAGGUGUCCUCCCCUUCAGUCUUGCACAGGUGUACCGGCUCCUCCCCAUCAGUCUUGCACAGGUGUACCGGCUCCUCCCCUUCAGUCUUGCACAGGCGUACCAGCUCCUCCCCUUCAGUCUUGCACAGGUGUACCGGCUCCUCCCCUUCAGUCUUGCACAGGUGUACCGGCUCCUCCCCUGGACUGAAAUGUCUUCCUCUGAUAUCACUGCACACUGGGAGCUUCUCACAAUGUGCAUUAGAAGCUGCAGCCAGUCAGAGCUCCGCCUCAUUUCCUGCCUGGAGGACAUCCAGCAGCAUCUAGCGCAUUCCUCCCCAGCCUGACCAUCCCUGGCCCCGCCCCUUUCACUCAUUGCAUUUCAGUUCUGUCAAUCAUGGAGGAUCGGUGUCAUAUGUGGACAUGCAAAUACAGCCUGCUUAG